UUGUCAUUUCUUGAUGAAGAUCAGUCAUGUGAGGAUUUGGAACUACCUAUCUUCAAAAAUGAAGCAAAAAAUAUAUACGCUGCGAGCUCUGCAAUACCUUGCGCCAAUGCCAUUUUCAAGGUGGCUGUAGCCAUAGAUAAACAGCUAGCUCGAUCAGUUCGUCCACCCGAUCAUACUGUGAAGCAGAGGAAGGACUCCUCCAAAGACCGUUCACAAAGGUCUGGCCAUCAUCGUCCGCCAUUCCCUUCUUAUCGUCCUGACGGCCGGAGCGAUUCUGGCGAAGAAGGCAAGAAUGAUGGGGAUCCGAGAAAUGAGUUUGCUGCAAAACUCAGAAAAUUUUUUGCAAUUUCUCUUUUUGCCUACGGAAUUCUCUAUAUGCUUGCCCCAAAACCUGAAGGGCCGGUUGGCACAGAACCUAUAACAUGGAGUGAAUUCGUUAGUCACGUAUUACCUACUGGUCAGAUUCAAAAGAUCAUUGUUUUUCCCGAGAGAGAUGUUGCAUACAUCUACACAUAUGCUGGAGCGAAGACCCGUACCGGCGAGAGGAUGGCAGCAAUCUAUCGAUUGGGAAUCCCAAGUGUGCCUAAGUUUGAAGAGGAAGUUCGUGCUGCAGAAGCUGCUGCUCGCCUACCUCCAGAGUACUGGACACCU